AUAUAAGGCUUUUACACAAUACACACACACAGGAAUAGAGAAAAGGGACACAGGAGGCAUGUUCAACACCAGGAUAGCUGCUUGUGCAAGCCCCAGGAUGAGGAAGACUAUCAUUGUGCUUCUUUUCUUGGCUCUGUGGGCAGAGAGUUCACACGACCAGACAAGCCAGGAGAAAAGCAAUAAAAAGACAAAUGAGGGAGUGCUCACUCGGUCCAAGAGGAGAUGGGUGCUGUCUACUCUUGAACUUGAUGAGGAAAUUGCUGGACCAUACCCUCAAAAAUUUACAGAGUUGUACAACGAUAAGCACCUCAAUCACUCCAUUAUAUUCAAAAUCAGCGGCCAAGGUGUGACGGUAGCACCGUUAGGUGUGUUCAGCAUUAAUGAAAAAACUGGAGACAUUUUUGUGAACAAGCCCAUAGACCGAGAAUCCUACCCCAUACUCAAAGUGAAGUUUGAUGUGCUGGACCAAGAAAGUCAUACAAUUGUUGACAAAACCUUGGCUUUCGACGUGGUCAUACGAGAUAAGAACGACAAUCCGCCUACGUUCAUACCUGAGGUUUUAAACAUAAACAUUCCAGAGAACACAAAAGAAGGUAGGCUUCCUAUUUUACUGCAAGCAAGAGACAUUGAUGAGGAAAACACGGCUAAUUCGCGUGUCUCCAUGAGAAUAGUGUCUCAGGAACCAGCGCUGCCAAAAAUGUCUCUGGACUCCAUCUUGAAUGAAAAAGACGCCAUACUCACAAAACUCGUCUUUACCGGUUGCUUUGAUUAUGAUAAAGUAAAGAAAUAUAAACUGCUUGUCAAAGCAUGGGAUCAUGGAACACCAUCACUCUCAUCCACUGCGACUGUAAAUAUCCACAUCACUGACUCCAACACUCACAUACCUGUGUUCACUGCUCCAAAGUUCAACACACAAGUUAUGGAAAUGGAAACCAAUAAGGAAAUUUUAAGGAUUCCUGUGCAAGACAUGGACACUCCCAACACUCCAGGAUCUAGAGCAGUGUUCACUAUCCUGAAGGGUAAUGAAGAGGGCAACUACAAGAUUGAGACAGACCCAAUUACCAAUGAAGGAGUGCUGACCGUCAUCAAGGGAAAGGAUUAUGAGCAAACGACUUUAACUGAACUGGAAAUAGGAAUGGAGAAUGAAGAGCCGUUAUUUUUGUGUGUUGACGGAAAGCCAGUUAGUCCUAUUCCAGAGACUUUGAAAAGGAGCAACCCAGUCAAAGUUGAUGUCAAAGUCAUUGAUGUGAAUGACCCACCUGUGUUUCAUAAUAAAAUUCAUAAGGUUUACAGGAUUGAGGAAGACGAGCCAGGAGACGUGUUGUACAUUCCCACAGUCACAGAUGAGGAUUCAGACACAGCUAAGAUCAGGUAUGAGCUAGUAGAAGAUCCAGCUAAAUGGAUGUCCAUAGACCCACAGACUGGCAUUAUUACCCUGGCAAAGAAGAUGGACCGUGAGUCUCCAUAUGUCAACGAGAGCUCCUACACUGUUGUGAUACGAGCAAUAGAUAAUGCGGAACCUCCUGGCACAGGUACAGGAAUUCUGCUGGUCAAGCUGGGAGAUAAGAAUGAUAAUGCACCUUAUCUUACCUGCAACCCUUCUGUGAUAUGUGGGAAUAAAGCUGACAGAGUAAGAGUCACAGCAAAGGACGCUGAUGUUUACCCGUAUAGUGGACCAUUCACCUUCACGCUUGGCAAAGAUGAUCAGGAGCUGAAGAGCUUGUGGAAGUUUGAGCAUACAGUGUCUGAAAGCUUACUGAUUAGCCUGAAGUCUCUGCCAUAUGGAAAUUACUCAGUUCCCCUGAAGAUUGCUGACCAACAGGGGGUGCAAACACAAGAUGUCUUGCAAGUGGUGGUAUGUGACUGUGGGGACGGAUAUGUGUGUAAGGACCUGCUGCCACGAUCCUCCACCCUCCAUGGAGCAGCCCUAGGAAUCAUGCUUGGAGCACUGAUGGCAUUUCUGCUCUGCAUUUUUUUUGUCUGCAAAUGUCACAAGAAAAAUAUAUUCAACCAACUGCAUGAUGAUGUAAACCCAACCCUCAUCAAAUACAGCACAGAGGGAGGAGUUCCAGUGGAGCUUCCAUGGGUCCCUAAUGCACCUGAUUCAAGGAACAUCUAUGCAAAGUCAUCAAUAAAACCACAGUUUCAAGACAGCACCACCAAUUAUUUUAGCAACCUGCAGAUGAAUGCUAAUCAGCUUCCAUGGGUCCUUAAUGGACUUAGUGACACAUCUGACUCAAGGAACAUCUAUGCAAAGUCAUCAAGAUGGACUAAAAACAGGAAUAUCACACAUAACCUGACUAGGAACGAAGUAACCAGAUCCUUUAGAUUACUGUCUCAAGAUAAAAUGGAACAACAACUUGAAAGGAAGCUCCGAAAACUUGAUACAGAGCACAAGCACUUCCCUGAAUAUCACCCACAAGACUACAGCUAUGAAGGAACCAUUAAUGAUCGUGUGUCACUGGAGACAGUCUCUUUCCAUAACACAGAAGAUGGUGAUCUGGACUUUUUGCAGAAUUUGGAGCCAGAAUUUUGCACUUUGGGUGAGACUGUGCAGCAAGGAAUGAAAGAGAAGAAAAUUAGGCUGUGAUUCCCCCCCCAAAAGAUUUACUUUCCUAAUGGAUCUUUCUGAGUAGCCCUUCUUCUCACGUGUGAUACUACAGAUAUCGUAUCUCUACCUCCGGGCUAUCAAGUGGGUGUUUUUGAAGCUGUACCACUGCAACACCUGCAACAAUUCUUGUAUGCGGAUUCUUGCCCCCAUCAAUCUCUAAGACUUCUCUAUCUCUACUGAUUAAUUUAGCAUUCCAGAUGAAGGAGUCAGAUUUUUUUGUUUGCAUAUGUGGAUACAACAAUUGAACUUGGAGCCCACUACAGCAGCACGAACAAUACUGAGACCACCUUAUCUGAGUUAUGGCUCUUUAAGCACUUACAGGCUACCACUGGGGGUUUAGGGUCCCACAAUGAAAUACACACUGGUGACACAUACUGUAGGCUGAAAAGCUGAUGGAAGCAUUGAGGCACUAGCAAUUAUGAUAUAAAGUUUAAGCAGUUGGGCAACAGCACCAGCAGUUCCUGUACAUCAUUUUACGAAACCCUUCAGUAAUCUUCAACAGGACUCCUUUUGCUCUCAGCCUCAGUACUUCAUGACUUGGAUUCCACAAGGCAUUGGAAACAUUCCUUGGAUAUUCUGGCCAAUUUUGACAUGAUUGCAUCACAAUUUUAAGACACCCCAAAGGUGAUUUACUGGAUUUGGAUCUGCUGAAUGAGGAAGCCAUUGAAAUACACUGAUGUCUUAUCUGAUCUCUUUAUUGCUCCAGUGAAAUAAACUGACCAGUUAUCUGACCCUGGCAUGUUAUUAUUCCGGAAGUCAUUAUAAGGUAAAUUGUGGACAUAAAUUAAAUUUUAUUUAUAAUUAAAUUUUAUUUAUUUUAUCUUUUUAAAAAUGGACAUUGUGUUAGAACCGGCAAUGUGCUGGUAUGAUAAUGUUUCAUGAAAGCCAGUGCCUUGAGCUCCGGUCUGUCCUUGCUCACCUGCGUGCUUUUGUGUGUUUUGCUUGCUUUAAUCAGCUGCUUGUUUUACUGUAAAUAUAUAUAUUUUUGGGGUUUGACCAACAAGUUUGACCUGUCCCUUGAUUUUUGUUGGCCUAAAGUUUGCAAAUCAUAACACUGCAAUAGUGUACAUAUACACAUGUGCAUAUUUAAAGUUAGUAGAAGUCUGGCUGCCAUUUCUGUUUGGGUUUUUAUUCUGUUUUUUGGGUUCAGUGAAGAGAAUUGUCUUUUCUUUGUGGUUUUAUAAAUAAAUUAGUUCACUAAACAGCAGUUCUUAUUUAUUGCUUUAGGCCUUGGUCCAGCCUGAACUUGUUUUUUGUGGUGUAGAGCAACUUAAAAGAACUUGUGUGUGCACUGUAACCCAUGCACCUCACGGGUGAUACUCAUCAAAGUUGUCAUCUGAUCUCUUUCAUAAACAGUUUCUAGUAACAGUAAUAUUGUGGCCUUAAUAUUAUAUGGUUCUCCCAGUCAUUCCCAGGCAAGAUAAAAACUUUUAAAGCUCAGGUUCUGAUUGCAGUAAAAAAAUUAAAAUGAUUUUGUGUACUAAAAAGCUGACUUACAGCCAAGUCCAAGCCUGAAUGUGUCACACCAUAAAGCCUGGGUUUAAGAGUCAGCGUCAAGUGUCCUACAGACUACAGCAUGAUCAUGUAGGCACUCAGGUGCAAUACUGUGAAAUAUCGGUAAUUUAAGGGUAAAAAGAUAAUGAUGAGUAGUAGUAGGAAGAGGAGUAGAAGUAGGAGUUGCAUUAUCUGAGCUCUACUAUGUUUCACUGCUACAGCCCUAGGGAGGCAAGUUAAUAAAGAGUAAGAAAGACUGCUGUUUCAUCUUCUUCAGUUGGUUUCUAAAGAGUGUAUAAUCGCUCACAGGAUCGGUCCACCUUAACUUCCGGUCUGUGAAUGAAGCACUCUUCUUUAAGCCACAAACUAAAUUUCACCUGACUGUAAGUGCACAAACAACACGUUGUUCCUGAGUUUCGUAAUGACAUUCCCUUCUGAAGCAACAAACAAUAUUUGUUUUUAACACACAUUAAUCAUCACAUAAACAACACCUAGUGCUGUCAGAGCAAGUCAUCACAUCAACACUGAGCUACUUUGUCUGCCAGAAAUUAUAUCCAUAAUUGUUUCAGAAGAAAAAAAUAUCUCCACCAUAGAAAUCUACAACUGAAUGGCUGGCUUUGAAUCCAGUUGAAAACUUGGAUAAGAUCCAGUGAAUAAAAGAGUCUAUAGUCAAAAUGAUGUACAUUCCUUGUUUAACACAAUUUAAGAAAACAGUUGUUUUCUGGAUGUAUUAACAUUUUGUUUGUUUGUUAGCACAAGCAAUUUUUCUCUCAGUAACAAAGGGGUAAAAGGUGU